CUCGCAACACCCUCAACCUACGUCCUCGCCAUGGUGCCCAUGCACACAUGGCCGAGACAGCUUUUUCCAAGGGAGAUGCCACAAGCAGCAACGACUGCCAAUCUAUUGCUCAUAUUUCUCGUAUUAAGCUUGUGGUCAUGUCACACUUUCCCCGCGUGACUCCCCACGCAACGUCAAGGGACCCGGCUCCCCGUCUGGAUCUCCAUGCAAGCCACAUCGCCGUUUUUGUGAUCCCAUGGGUGCAAAUCAUACACAUAGCUUCGCCUGAACACCACACUGAACGAUGGUGGCUUGCCCAGGCCUCCAUUUCCCCAGGAUUUGCCCCAGGCAGAGCAAGUCAAGGCUCCCAGGCUCCCUUUGACGAUUCAGCCUCGUUGGCGGCGCGUUGUCCUGCCAUCUCGCACCGCCAUGUGCUCAUUUUCUCUUGUAUCCAGCUUGUCCUAUAAUUCACUACACAUUAACCUUGUGCCAUACCCCCUUGGCCCGCAACCAUCGAGUACCUCCU